UUUUCCUACUCAUCCCUGCCCACAUUCGUCAGCUCCCGUCUGAGCGAGAUCACGCAACUCCUCAGGACACCUGCUCCCCUGUUCUGUGGCCUCUCAUCUGCCUGGCUUUGAACUGCAGGCACAUUACCACACAGCGGCAGCAGGAAUGGCAAAUGUGGAGCAGUACGAGGGCACUAUCCAGGUGCAGGGCCAGGGCCUGUUCUUUCGAGAGGCACGGCCUGGCCAUGGGCAGGCUGCUCGCCUCUCUGUGCUGCUGUUGCAUGGCAUCCACUUCUCUUCUGAGACCUGGCAGAACCUGGGUACACUGCACAGGCUGGCCCAGGCUGGCUACCGGGCCGUGGCCAUUGACCUGCCAGGUCUGGGGCGUUCUAAGGAAGUGCCAGCCCCUGCCCCCUUCGGGGAGCUGGUCCCUGGCAGUUUCCUAGCAGCUGUGGUGGAGGCCUUACAGCUGGGCCCCCCAGUUGUGAUCAGUCCAUCACUGAGUGGCAUGUACUCCCUGCCCUUCCUCACAGCCCCCAGCUCCCAGCUCCAGGGCUAUGUGCCUGUGGCCCCCAUCUGCACUGACAAAAUCAAUGCCGCCAACUAUGCCAGUGUGAAGACUCCAGUUCUGAUUGUAUAUGGCGAUCAGGACCCCAUGGGUCACACCAGCUUUGAGCACCUGAAGCAGCUGCCCAACCACCGCGUGCUCGUCAUGAAGGGGGCAGGGCACCCCUGCUACUUGGAUAAACCUGAGGAGUGGCACACAGGGCUGUUGGACUUCCUGCAGGGGCUGGCAUGAGCCCAGCCCUGUGAAUGGAGGGGUUGACUACCCACUUGCUUUAGGAUCUGUCUCCCUGCUCAGUGGGCUCUGGCUUACCAUGCACAUCUAACAGGUGUGUCUGUCUGUGUAUGUGUCUGGAUUCCUAUCUUUUGGGUCUAUGUUUUCUGCUUCUUUCACUUGCAGUGAUGAGGUAAAAUCAAGAGGAAAAAUUUAAAAAAUCAAUGGAUAUAAUUUGGCAGAGGAUAAUCCAGGAGCUUCUUCUGGUAUCCCUCUUUCCUCUCUUCUGCCUUGCAGGCCAGUCAUCUCCUCCUCGGCUCCCCCACCCCUCUGAGACCACAAAUACAUAUAUGUCCACAUGCAUACUUACACAUGAGAGCCAUCUAUGAUCCCAGGUAGGUCCCUGCACUUGGAAGCAACUGACUGGGUACUUGUGACCCGACUGUAUCUUCCCAGAUGCAUUGGAUAUACACGCACAGGGCUUGCAUAAGUACAAGUGGACUUCAAACUGUGCAGCUCCUCAUAGCCUGGGAAGGUGGGGAUCUCACGGACCAACCUCGUGCCAGGCUUGGGGUGUGGCCAGCCCUAGACCCCACCUAUUUACCGACUGGUUACUACAGAUUGCAGUCCAGAACUGACCCCAGGGCCAUCCCCUGCCUCUAGCUCUCCCUGCUUUUUCCUCUGGUUCUGGGGCCUCCAACCUUCACCCCCUACCCGUUAUCAGGCUUGAGUCUUCUCAGCCAAGCUUGUUUUCGGCGUUGAGGUUUAAGGAGUGGGGAGACAGGCUGUGGAGGUCGGUGAAAUAAAGCUUUGCAAUUAGA